AUGCAGGCUUUCAUUUUCUGUGGUAAAGGAUCUCAAUUGCAACCGUUUUCGCUGGCAGAAGUGGGAAAUGGAGCUACAGGACUGCCAAAGGCAUUGUUGCCGAUCGGUAAUAGACCAAUGAUCGAGUAUGUGUUGGAUUGGUGUGAUCAGGCUGACUUUAAAGAGAUCAAUGUUGUGGCAUCGACACACGAUAUUGAUUUAAUUAGCGAAGCUCUGCAGAGUUUUAUGUCUUUGAGAGAGCAGCAAUUUGAUCUGCUUUCAAAGGCACUUAAUGCUUCUGUACAUGCGCAUCAUUUACAAAGGCCAAAACCGAUUAAAUUUGUGAGCUCCAAGGCUAGCACCACCGGGGAAUGUCUGCAAAAGGAGCUGUUGGAGCGGAUCACCGGUGAUUUUGCCUUGCUUCCUUGUGAUUUCGUCACUGAUAUCCCACCUCAGAUUCUGAUAGAUCAGUACCGUAAUAGGGAUUCUGAAAAUAUUGCGUUGACGUUUUACUACAAGAACAACCUGGAGAACGCUGAUAAGAAGCAGACGACCAAGCAGGCUUUCACUGUUUAUUCGGAUAACGAGGGAAGCGAUUCGCAACCGGUUCUGCUGGAUGUGUACCCUACCGAGGAUGUUAAGAAAUCCAAGUAUCUGCAGAUAAGGACACAUUUGCUGUGGAAGUAUCCAAAUGCUACGGUUUCGACAAAGCUGGUCAAUUCUUUCAUCUGCUUCUGCGCAUAUGAACUUUGCCAACUGCUGUCCGAUAAAAAGACAGAAGACGAUGAAAAGAACGAUGGAGAUGAUGACGAGGCUCCAGCCGCUAAACCAAAUGCGACCGCUAUAAAGCCAAGCUAUUUCAAGAAUGAGAACGAAUUGACAAAAGACCGUAUCAGCUGUAAUAAAUCUCUGGGAAAGAUCUUCAGAGAUUUAGCCAGGCGCUCCUGGCAACACUCAAAAAGUAGAGAAACUGUUGGUAUGUUUAUCUUGCCAGACGUCGGUACGUUCAUCAGAGCAAACAAUUUGAAUGCAUACACAGAAGCAAAUAGAUUUCUGCUCAGGAUAAAAGCCCAAACUUUGGCCACAAAUGCACAGACCACAACCGCCUCAGCUUCUGCAAUUGGCGCUGAUGCGAUCAUUGGCCCAGAUUGCACGAUAUUGGAGAGAAGUAACAUCAAGCUAUCUGCCGUCGACGCAGGAUGUGUGAUAGGCAACCGCUGUCAUAUCGCAGGUUCUAUCCUACAUGCCAACGUCACGAUUGAGGACGAAGUUACAUUAGAGAAUGUUAUUGUGGGUCCCAACGCUGUUAUCGGCAAGAAAAGCAAGCUGACAAACUGCUACGUGGAGGGGUCGUUUGUGGUCGAGGCUAGGACUGUGCUGAAAGGCGAGACAUUAACCAGGAUGUCUCUAGAAUCUGAGGAAGAAUCCAACGAUGAUGAGGCAAUUUCGUCCGAUAGUGGGGAGGAUGGUGACUAUCCAGAAAGCUACUAUGACGAGGACGAUGAUGCAUUCGGAGAUGAUGAUUUUUUCCAGCGUUAG